UUAUAAAAGGGGAGGAGCGCACGGCAUCAUCAUCACAAGCAUGACUGAGAGGAGGAGAGGACAGAGAGACUUUACUGACCUCCUGCACCGGCGCUUUAUCCAUCCAAGCGUCGUUUAGCAGUCAGUGGUGGACCGCUGAGGGAGUCUAUUUUACCGUCUUAAUCUACCCGUUAGCGCCGGGCUCCACGGGUUGCUCCGGAGCUGCUUCCUUUAGCACAAUAAAGCUAACCACUGCUAGCUCCUGGCUUCAGUCACUGCCCGGACCCGGCGAAGUAAAGAACCUAGCAGGGGAAUGGCAAUAUACUCGGAUAACCCUUUCAGAAGAAACAGCCACUGAGAUUAGGAAAGGAGCCCUGAAAUAUUUCAUACUUUGAUCAACGGUUGUUGGUGUUACUGUAAUCCCCAUCAUGGUGCAGAAGUACCAGUCACCUGUGCGGGUGUACAAGUAUCCCUUUGAGCUUGUGAUGGCGGCCUAUGAGCGUCGCUUUCCCACCUGUCACCUCAUCCCCAUGUUUGUGGCAAGUGACGUGGUGAAUGAGGAGACCAGCGAGGACGGUUCCACCCAAAAGGUCGAGCGUCGCUGUGCCCUGGAUGUUGACGCCCCGCGCCUGCUCAAAAGGAUUGCUGGUGUGGAUUAUGUCUAUUUCAUCCAGAAAAACACGCUCAACCGGAAGGAGAGGACACUUCACAUCGAGUCCCACAAUGAGACCUUCUCCAACAGGGUCAUCAUCCAUGAGACCUGCUGCUAUUCGGUCCACCCAGAAAAUGAGGAUUGGACGUGUUUUGAGCAGACUGCCAGCCUGGACAUCAAGUCCUUCUUUGGCUUCGAGAGCACGGUGGAGAAGAUUGCCAUGAAGCAGUAUGCAAGCAGUAUCAAAAAG